AUGGCUACGGUUCGUUUCUCUCCCGAUCACAUUCACGUUGCCCUUCUCUUCGUGCCUUCUACGUGCAACACAAACUCACCUGUCGAUGGGUACAAUGUAGUCAAAUCAGAACGAAAACCCCGAAAGACUAUCCAAUACAAAGAUCUCGCUACCGCGGUUUCGCGAAUCGACAACCUCGAAUUUCUCUCUGACGUGAUACCCAAGACGACUACAUAUCGACAAUUCAAGGAGAAGAGAGCUCGGGAAGCCGCCCAAGAGGCGGCGGCAAUGGAGAAAGGCCAGCGGACGUUGAAUGGCAGCAGCGCCGUGACAGAGAACGGGAUCAACCGGUCCCCUGCUGGCCCGUCGAUCCUGCAGAAUCAGACGAACAAUGAUGGUGGCCGUAAUGAUGCCAAUGGCCCUACGGGUUCCAUGCCGACACUGUCCCUCAUGGUGGAUCGGACAGACGACAAUGCCCCUUUUCAGACUGAAGACGUCGAGAUGACGGGUUGA